CCGGGGCCCAGCGUUGGCUGCGGAGGCUCGGCCGGAGCUUGGAGCCCGCGCUGCCCGGAGCCGAGAGCCGCGCCCCGCGCCUUUGUCCGCCCGCCGCCCAUGGAGCGCGCCGCCCCGUCGCGCCGGGUCCCGCUGCUGCUGCUGCUGCUCGGCGGCCUCUCGCUGCUGGUGGCCCCAGCGGGCGCAGAUGUCUCCAUGGAGGCUUGCUGUGCAGACGGACAUCGAAUGGCCACUGAGCACAGGGCCUGCUCGCUGCCCUAUGCCUCGGAAUCCCAGGAAUGCAGGAUGGUUCAGGAGCAGUGUUGCCAGAACCAGCUGGAGGAGCUGCACUGCGCCACGGGCAUCAACCUGGCCAACGAGCAGGACAGCUGCGCCACGCCGCGCGGCGACAACACCAGCCUUGAGGCCAUGUUCGUGAAGAGGUGCUGCCAUUGCUGCCUGCUGGGGCGGGCGGCCCAGGCCCAGGGCCAGAGCUGUGAGUACAGCCUCAUGGUCGGCUACCAGUGCGGGCUGGUCUUCCGGGCGUGCUGCGUCAAGGGCCAGGAGACAGCAGACUUUGCCCCGGGGGACGGCGGGGACCUCCAAGAAACAGCUAAGGUUUCUGAGAUCGAGGAGGAACAAGAGGACCCCUACCUGAAUGACCGCUGCCGAGGCGGCGGGCCCUGCAAACAGCAAUGUCGGGACACGGGGGAGGAAGUUGUCUGCUCCUGCUUUGUGGGGUACCAGCUGCUCCCCGACGGCGUCUCCUGUGAAGAUGUCAACGAGUGCAUCACGGGCAGCCAGAACUGCCGGCUCGGGGAAAGCUGCAUCAACACAGUGGGCUCCUUCCGCUGCCAGCGUGACAGCAGCUGCGGAACUGGCUAUGAGCUCACAGAGGACAAUGACUGCAAAGAUAUUGACGAGUGUGAGAGUGGUAUUCAUAACUGCCUCCCCGAUUUUAUCUGUCAGAAUACUCUGGGAUCCUUCCGCUGCAGACCCAAGCUACAGUGCAAGAGUGGCUUUAUACAAGAUGCUCUAGGCAACUGUAUUGAUAUCAAUGAGUGUUUGAGUAUCAGUGCCCCGUGCCCUAUUGGGCAGACGUGCAUCAACACAGAGGGCUCCUACACGUGCCAGAAGAACGUGCCCAACUGUGGCCGUGGCUACCAUCUCAACGAGGAGGGAACCCGCUGCGUUGAUGUGGACGAGUGCUCUCCCCCCUCUGAGCCCUGUGGGCCGGGGCACCUGUGUGUGAACUCCCCUGGAAGUUUCCGCUGUGAGUGCAAAGCCGGGUACUACUUCGACGGCAUCAGCAGGACAUGUGUGGACAUCAACGAGUGCCGGCGGUACCCGGGGCGCCUGUGCGGCCACAAGUGUGAGAACACGCCCGGCUCCUACUACUGCAGCUGCACCAUGGGCUUCCGGCUCUCCUCCGACGGCCGCUCCUGUGAAGACGUGAAUGAGUGUAACAGCAACCCCUGCAGCCAGGAGUGUGCCAACGUCUACGGCUCCUACCAGUGUUACUGCCGGCGAGGCUACCAGCUCAGCGACGUGGACGGGGUCACCUGCGAAGACAUCGACGAGUGCGCCCUGCCCACGGGGGGCCACAUCUGCUCCUACCGCUGCAUCAACGUCCCCGGGAGCUUCCAGUGCAGCUGCCCCCCCACCGGCUACCGGCUGGCCCCCAACGGCCGCAACUGCCAAGACAUCGAUGAGUGUGUGACCGGCAUCCACAACUGCUCCAUUAACGAGACCUGCUUCAACAUCCAGGGCGGCUUCCGCUGCCUGGCCUUCGAGUGUCCUGAGAACUACCGCCGCUCCACAGACGCGCUCCGCCAAGAGAAGACAGAUACUGUCCGCUGCAUCAAGUCCUGCCGUCCCAACGAUGUCGCCUGCGUGCUGGACCCGGUGCACACCAUCUCCCACACCGUCGUCUCACUCCCCACCUUCCGCGAGUUCACCCGCCCAGAAGAGAUCAUCUUCCUCCGGGCCAUCACGCCUGCGUAUCCUGCCAACCACGCGGACAUCAUCUUCGACAUAACGGACGGGAACCUCCGUGACUCUUUCGACAUCAUCAAGCGCUACAUGGACGGCAUGACUGUGGGCGUCGUGCGCCAGGUGCGGCCCAUCGUGGGCCCGUUCCACGCCGUCCUGAAGCUGGAGAUGAACUACGUGGUUGGGGGUGUGGUGUCGCACCGGAACGUCGUCCACGUCCACAUCUUCGUCUCUGAGUAUUGGUUCUGAGGGGCCGGCUCGCAGCACAGCCACGUCUGUGCCUCCGGGCCAAGUCAUUGCCCUGCGCCGACGCCCUGUCCCCGUUUGUACCACCCAGACGUAUCUCGGUUUUAUGCAUCUGUUUGUAGUGUUAGGCCGACAUGUAUUAAGCUAGGCCAGAUGAAUUAAGUCCAUCUGUUGUCUUUUGGUGUUUAAAUAAUGAGUCCAUUGACUUAAGUGUUUGGUUGAAAACCUUGCUUCUCUUUUAACACAAAGGUUAAAUUUUGCUCCCUUUUCCCAUCUCGGGGCUGGGCGUUGCUAAAUGACCAAGAGGGGAAAAAAAACAUUUUUCAAGGGGCAGCUAAGUCCAAAUGGCAAGAGAAGACCAGUUCUUGCCCUGGUUUUAUGAAAUUUUGACAUUUGGUACUUUUUUUUUGCCAAUCAAGUUUUGUAUAUGAAAUUCUAAAGAAGGUUACCAAAGAAGAGCAGGUAUGAUAACUUCUGCCCAGAAGCAGCAGGCCGCAGUGCCCCGGGGAGCCCUUCAAAGGUCAAUUACAGUUGUGUGCAAACAGAACAUCCCGGUGAAGCCACAGCCUGCUAGGCUUGUGUGCAGCUCCAGUAUGUUCACCAAGCAGUCACUGGGUUUUCUGCACCCUGCCUCCAUCCUGUAUCAUAGGUGGGAAAUUAAACAGCUUUGUGAGCCUCCUGA